AGUGAUCUUGGCUUACAGCACGAGCGCUUCCCACCUCAGUUGUCGGUCAGACGCGCACGCAUGCGCACGCGAAAAGCAAAGUAACAUAAAGUAAAACACGCGUUCACCGUUAGUCCAUAGGUGUGAGUGUGUGUGUGAUGAAGUAAUUGCAGCUAGUAGAUAGCCAGCCAGCCUACCCACAAAUUCACAGCUCUUCUGCAAAUAGAAAACUUCGCCGCUAAAUGUGGCAGCGAAACUUCAAACCAACAAACGAGUCCAAAGUAAAUACGUGAAGAAAGUACAAUCAGAAAAGAAAGAGAAGAAAAAACACACACAAGACAGGCAGCCACUGUCCAAAAGAAUUUAGCAGCAAAGAGGAGCAGGAGAAGAGGAGCAGCAGCAGCAGCAGCAAGAGGAGCAGGAGGAGGAAGAGGCGGCGCGCAGCAGCAGUGCGGAAAUCAAUGAAAUUGUGUUUGCGGGCUAAUCUGGUUUUACUUUGGCCUCGCUCGCAAAUUGAUUUGUCAAGUGGCCAACGAUUUCGCCAAUAAGGCGAGACCAGCAGCCCAGCAGCCCAGCCAUUGUCUACGUUGGGCAGCACGUAGCAGCGGGAGGAGUCAGCCACUCAAGCGGAUCCAAAUAAGUAAACAGCCAAACGGACAGACAAAUUGACUGGCAUUUGGUUUCGUUUCUUUGAGCAAUUGCCAGGUUAAAGGUGCAAACAGCCAUCACUGCUGUCAGUUGUCAGUUGCUUCAGGGAAGUGCUAAUAGGCGAAGGCGAAGGUGAAACUGAAAUUGAAAAUGCACAGACCGCUCGAACAGAUGCACCAUAAUUGGACGUCAAGUGAGAGCGGGUCCUCAAAGCGGGACAGUAGAAAUCGCACCUGCAACAGCAAUCGGAAUUGCAAUCGUAAUCGUAGGCACAGUGGGAGCCACCACCCAGGCGGCAGCAUGGUCAAGUCAAACACUUGGCUGCUGCUCUUGGCCAUGCUCUGUCUAAUCAACUUUGUCGCCAAAGCGGAUGAGACUGCACGAAAUGGACGCAUUGGCCGCCAUCUAUCCACAACACCUUUGACAGCGACAGAGCUUCCAGCAACGACAGAGCAGCCAACAGAGUCCGCCACGGAACUGGCACAGGAAGAGUGGCAGCCUGUGCUGAAUGCCACACAGGGACUGCCGCUCAGGAAGCGGAUGGAUGAAGGAGCUGCUGGCAGCGACUCCGUGCUGCUGCGUCUGGCCCGACGCUUUGCCAGCGGCAAUGAGCUCUGGGAUGGCAUCAUUCGCGACUGCUAUCUACGGCCAGACAUCUCGUGCUUUCAAAAGAACGUUUUCAGCUAUCUAAAUGAGGCGCUCGAUGUGCAGGAUGUUAACGUGACACAGCGCCUCAAGUUCUUCAAGAAUCAAGUGCAGUACGAGGCGGAGAAGCAGGAGCAGCAGCAGCAGCAGCAGCACAAUGCAAACGAGAUACCAAAUCGAGCGCGUGCCGCCAAUCCGGCGGAAACCCCCAUCGAGGAAGUGACAACUGCGCUGUAUGGCAAAAGUAUUAAAUUUGCAAUGACCCACGAUCUGGAAGUUGAUUUGCCAGAAGUAAUGUUCAACGGCGCCACAUUCCGCAUCUCCCCGCGCUCCAUCGAAGGCAAUGGCAUUAUUGCCAAGCUCGAGCUGAUACCCAAGCAGGUGGUCAAGGCCCGGCUCGCUGGCAUGAUAAUCCAGAAGAAAAUACAAAAAUUUCUACGCAGCAAACUCGUGCUGUCAUUCCUGGCCUUGCUGCUUAUCAUUAAAAUCAUCAAGAUCAAGUUAUUCUGGCUGCUGCCCAUCGUCAUUGGUGUUGGCGCUGCGAAGAAGUUGCUCCUGAAGUUCCUGCUCUUCCUGUUUCCGGCAUUGUCGCACCUCUUCAAGCUGUGCUCCCACUACCAGCAGUCGUACCAUGCGCCGCUCAAGUACCAUCAUCAUCAUCAUCUCAUCGAUCAUCAUCACACGGUGGUUCCACCAUGGCACAGCGGAGAGCAUCAGUCGGUGCCCGACAUUAUCUACACACAUCCGCCGAAGGGUCAUCCAUCGGCGUAUCUCCAUGGUGCGCCCGUGCACGAGACCCAUGGCCCGGGAGGAUUCGAGCACUUCGAGGGCGCCUGGGAGAACAGCGGCCCGGGAUUGGGCUCUGACUACAUAGGCGAUAUAAAUCGCGCUGCACAAAUAGAGGAUAAUCCGCAUUACUUUAAGCCAAAUACGGCCAACGAUGCGGGGGUACUGCAUGCUUGGGGUCUGGGCACCACACAGACGACGCAUCCCAAGCAGCAGCCACAGCAGCAGCAGCAACGUUGGCCUGCCACACAGCAAUCCCGGCCACCGAUGGCACACCAGCAGAAGCAGCAGCAGCAGCAGCAGCAGCAGCAGCACAAAUUUCAGCAGAAAGUUCAUGCCUCUAGUCACAGUUUAAAUCCAUUUCAGAGUCAGGAUAAGCAAAGCUCAAGGCCAGCUUACAGCCAGUCGCAUCCGGUGUACGCAGCAGGACAACAGCUGGGACCAGGACAAGCACAGGGACUGACGGCUGCCGCACAGAUUGCCGCACAAUACGAGCCGGCACGGAACAAUCAGCAGCAGCAGCAGCAGCAGCCACAGGAGCCACAACUUUCGCCCGAACUGGCCGCACAGCUGAAGGAGGCCAUUCGCAUUCAGGCCGAGCAGCGUCUCAUCCAGCAGCAGCAGAAAAUACUCGAGCAUCAGCCAUUCGUGCAGGAUGGACAGCCGCUGUACCCGCUGAACUAUGAUCCGUUCUACAGUCCCAUUCUGUUGAAAAUCGACAAAAUCGUGGAGCAGUUGGGCGUCAAGAAUGACCUCUGCAAGGAGCGAAUUGUGUGCAGCAUGUACAAGGAUCCAGCCACCUACAGUCCGCACAGCAAUUUCGUUUCAGCUGAGCUGAGUCGCGAUACCAGCGAACUGGAGCCCGUGACGCAUGCGAAUGAGGCAGUGCGUCGCUUCUAUCGGCUCAUUCAGGCGGCGCGGGAUGGACAGGAUCAAAAGGAUUGCCAGAGCCUCUAUCCGCAGUGCACAGUGCCGGCCAAGUGAGUGGCCCAGCAACGAGCACGAGCACGAGCAAACUUUGAAGUCAAACUUUUUACUUAUUAAACUGAACUGUAAAUACGGAUAAUACCUAGCACCUAAGCCUAAUUUAUUUCUAAUUUGUUACACUCUUAUUUAUUUAUUUAUUUAUUUAUGUAUUUAGCGUGUAAGCGUCGGGGGUUGACUCUCAUUAAUAUUCAUUCUGAUUUUGUUGCAGUGGUUCGUUCCGACCAAUUAUUUAUUAGAACUGACUGCGGCUUUUGCGGUUCGUACACUCUUUAAACUCUCACACGAAAUGCUCUAAAAAAAAAACAAUUCACCAAAAUGCGAAAUAAUGAAAUCAGAAUAUUUAUUAAUGGCCGGCCGACAGACCCGGCUGAAAAUUCAUUUAGUCAAUAUGAAAAAUUGUUACUAGCAAAAAGCCCAAAUGAAAA